AUGGCCGCCGUCGCCUGCUUCGUCCCGCCCAUGUCCGCCAACAUCUACUACCCGGUCCUGGCCCCUAUCGCCGACGACCUCGGCGUCUCCGUCGCCCUUGUCAACCUGACCGUCACCUCCUACAUGGUCCUCCAGGCCAUCUCCCCGACCAUUUUCGGCGACUUUGGCGACAUGGCUGGCCGCCGCCCGGCCUUCCUCGUCGCCUUCACCAUCUACCUUGUCGCCUGCGUCGGCCUGGCCCUACAGCGCAACUACGCCGCCCUUUUGGUCCUCCGUAUGCUGCAGAGCGGCGGCAGCAGCGGCGCCAUCGCCCUGGGCUUCGCCAUGGUCGCUGAUAUUUCCACGAGCUCCGAGCGCGGAAAGUACAUGGGCAUCGUCGGCGCCGGAAUCAACGUUGGACCGACCAUCGGACCCGUGCUCGGCGGCGUCUUGACCCAGUACUUUGGCUGGGCCUCUAUAUUCUGGUUCUGCGUCGUCCUGAUCGGGCUGUGGCUCAUUCCCUACGCCCUGUUCAUCCCGGAAACGUGCCGCAACGUCGUCGGCAACGGAUCCCUUCCCCCACAACCCUGGAACCGGCCCGUUGUCGACCUUGUUCGCCGCCGCCGCCGUCACCGUAGAAACAUUACCGCAGAAAACGCUGAUCCCCUCUCCCGGAGCGAGUCCGCCGCAACGGCGGCCCAGCCCAAGCGCAAGCUCCGCUUCCCGAACCCCAUCCGCUCUGUCAAGAUCAUCUUCGAAAAGGAGAUGGGCCUCGUUCUCGCGUACAAUAGUAUGCUCUACGUGGCCUUCAUCUGCGUCGCCGCGACCCUUGGCACUCUGUUCCGCGAGAUCUACGGCUUCAACGACCUGGAGCUGGGCCUAUGCUACCUCCCCUAUGGCGCGGGCUGCGUCGUUGCCAGCCUGGGCCAGGGCUACGUCCUCGAUUGGAACUACCGCCGCAUCGCCCGGAAGAUUGGCUUCACCAUCGAUCGCCGCCGCGGUGACGACCUGAGAAAGUUCCCGAUCGAGGAGGCCCGCCUGCAGCCCGUCUAUCCGGCCGUCGCAGUUGGUCUCGUCGCCUUGGUGGCGUACGGGUGGGUGCUGCAUAUCGAGACGAGCGUUGCCGCGCCGCUGGUCCUGCAGAGCAUCAUUGGUCUCACUAUCACGGGCUCCUUCAGCAUCAUGAACACCUUGAUCGUCGACCUAUUUCCGGACGCCCCCGCCACGGCCACGGCGGCCAACAACCUCGUGAGAUGCGCCCUGGGCGCCGUCGGCACGGCUGUCAUAGAGCACAUGAUCGCUGGCAUGGGGAGGGGGUGGUCGUUUACGUUUCUGGCCGCCUUGUGCGCGGUCUUGAGCCCGAUGUUGUUUUUAAUCGUGAGGAGAGGUCCAAGGUGGAGGAAUGAGAGACGGGCGAGGGAGGACGCUUCAUGA